AUGGCGCUGGGGCUGGGGCUGUGGCUGCUCCUUGGGCUCACAGUGACCUCCGCCGCAGGUAAGUGGGCGCGGGCGGCUGUCUCCAGGAGCGAGCGCGCACAAAAGGCCCUGGGUGGGGGUGCCAACGUCUGGGGUGCGCGGGGCAGCCCCAGAGACGAGUGCGGAGAGAAGAAUGACCGCUUGCCGGAGCGAGCCACCCCUGGAGGCGCCGGGGGCGCGGCUGGGGGCCGAGGCAGCGGGCAUGGAGGAGCCGCGGGCCCUGGAAGUUGCAGCCUGAGCGCAGGAUUUGUGCCUCUCCCCCAGCUGGAGGUCGCAGGCCAGGACCUCGGGCCCGGGGGCCUCCCUGAAGUUGGCUCUGAGGGGCAUGAUGAGGAGGCUGUGGCCGCAAAGGCGCAGAGUCUGACCCCUGGAAGUCCCGAUCUAGAGCGGGGACCAGGCCAGAGUGGGAAGCAGGCAGCUGAUGGGGACCCUGCGCGCCGCCGAACCCGCCGUUGCACGUGCUUCACCUACAAGGACAAGGAGUGCGUCUACUACUGCCACCUGGACAUCAUCUGGAUCAACACUCCGGAACGCACUGUGCCCUACGGACUGUCCAACUACUGGGGAGGCUUCCGGGGCAAGAGGGCUGUGGAGCCCUCCACAGGGAGCCCCAAGCCUCCCGGCCGGACACACCCGCGCUGCAUCUGCUUGCAGAGAAGUGACAAGGCCUGCGUGCACUUCUGCUCCCGAGCCCUGGACCGCAGCAGACAGAUUGGCAUCGAGGACAGACAACACAAGAUCCCCUCGAAGAACAAGGCCGAGGCAUCCCGUCGCAGGGAGGCUUCAGCCCACGGACGGAUGCACGUCAGACUCCCACCUUUUUGA